AUGUUACUAAACAGACUAUGUGAUGUCGAUCACUCAAAGAGAUCGCUAGCCCAAAGGAUCUACGUCAAGUGUCCCAAGCCAGUAUCGGUUUGUCAGUCCAAUGAGAGUUGCGUAGGCCUUAAUAACUGCCCUCAAAUUCAUGAUAUUGCUAACAACCCGAGUUAUAAGCUCAGAUUGUGCCAAACCAAUGCCAGGCGGUCUUAUUACGACCAUCAGACUUACAUCUGCUGCCCGGAGGCAGGUAACAUCCUACCGGAUGGUUUUAAAAUGCAAUGCGGACAGACGCAAGGAUCCUACCGAAUCGCAAAUGGUCGAAAAGCGAAUCUCAAUCAGUUCCCCUGGAUGGCCAUGCUGCUAUAUAGGAAUAUUUUAAGAUAUUCGAGUCAGACUCUCUUUACCGUUUGUGGAGGAUCGUUAAUCAACAAACGGUACGUCCUGACUGCAGCCCAUUGUGUGAACAAAUCGGUAUUGAAAUCGAAAGAGCUCAAAAGGGUUCGCCUGGGAGAACAUGACAUCGACUCUUUUGGCGACUGCUCAGAUGGGAAGUGCGCUCCGCCGCAUCUGGAAAUGGGCAUACAGAAGGUUAUUAGCCAUGAAAACUUCGAUAGCAGGACAUACGCCAACGAUAUCGCUUUGCUGCGACUUGAGUUACCAGUUCGCUAUACCAAAGAAAUCCAACCGAUAUGCCUUUUGAGAGACCAUAUUGCCUUAAGGAACCAAAGAUUAGAAAUAGCCGGAUGGGGAAAAAUGGAAAACGAAUCAUUCAGUCACAAUGUAUGGGACACCUGCGAAGGCGACUCUGGAGGUCCCCUGAUGGCCACCUACAAAAUUAAGUCUACCUUCAAGGAGUUCGUUUUUUUGGCAGGCAUCACUUCCUUUGGACUUGCGAAAUCUUGCGGACAGAAGAAUAAUCCAGCUGCUUAUACAAAAACUGGAGUAUAUUUCCAAUGGAUUCAGUCGAACUUAAAUCCCUAA